AUGGCCAGUAAUCACAAACCUUCAGCAGUCCGUCCUGUUUCUCGAGGUGGGAUUGGAUUGACAGGAAGGCCUCCUUCUGGAAUACGACCCCCAUCAGGAAAUAUUCGAGUGGCAACUGGUAUGCCACCUGGAACAGCAAGACCAGGCUCUCGUGGUGGUCCCAUAGGGACAGGAGGAGUUCUGUCUUCUCAAAUCAAAGUUGCAGAUCGUCCUGUAACACAGCAAGGUUUGAGUGGAAUGAAAACUGGUAUGAAAGGUCCCCAGAGGCAAAUUUUAGACAAAUCUUACUAUCUUGGACUUCUUCGAAGUAAAAUAAGUGAACUCACAACAGAAAUCAAUAAACUUCAGAAAGAAAUAGAAAUGUACAAUCAAGAGAAUUCAGUGUAUUUGUCAUAUGAAAAGAGAGCUGAGACUUUAGCUGUUGAAAUAAAAGAGUUUCAAGGACAACUAGCAGACUACAACAUGUUGGCAGAUAAACUUAAUACCAAUACUGAAAUGGAAGAAGUAAUGAAUGAUUACAACAUGCUUAAAGCUCAAAAUGAUCGAGAAACACAAAGUAUGGAUAUUAUAUUCACCGAAAGACAAGCGAAGGAAAAACAAAUUAGAAGUGUAGAAGAAGAAAUUGAACAGGAAAAACAAGCAGCAGAGGGUAUUAUCAAAAAUAUGUCUCCUGAAAAACAAGUCAAGUAUAUAGAAAUGAAAACCGCAAAUGAGAAAUUAUUACAGGAAUUAGAUACACUUCAACAACAGCUAGAUUCACUGAAUAUGAAAAAAGAGAGCUUGGAAUCUGAAAUAGCACACUCCCAGGUAAAACAGGAGGCUGUAUUGUUACAUGAAAAACUUUAUGAGUUGGAGUCCCAUCGAGACCAGAUGAUUGCAGAAGACAAAAAUAUAGGAUCUCCAAUGGAAGAAAGAGAGAGAUUACUCAAGCAGGUUAAAGAAGAUAAUCAGGAAAUAGCCAGCAUGGAGCGGCAGUUAACAGAUAUAAAAGAAAAAAUAAAUCAAUUUAAUGAAGAAAUUAGACAACUUGACAUGGAUUUAGAAGAACACCAAGGUGAAAUGAAUCAGAAGUACAAGGAGCUAAAAAAGAGGGAGGAAAAUAUGGACACUUUUAUUGAGACUUUUGAGGAAACUAAGAACCAGGAACUGGAAAGGAAGGCACAGAUAGAAGCCAGCAUUGUUUCGCUUUUGGAGCACAGUAGUCGAAAUAUAAAUCGUAUGAAACAGAUAUCCUCUAUCACCAAUCAAGAGCUGAAAAUGAUGCAGGAUGAUCUCAAUUUUAAAUCUACUGAAAUGCAGAAAUCACAGAGUACGGCUAGGAAUCUGACUUCAGACAGUCAGCGGCUACAGUUGGAUCUACAGAAAAUGGAACUUCUGGAAAGUAAAAUGACUGAGGAACAACAGUCUCUAAAAAAUAAAAUUAAGCAAAUGAUAACUGAUCUGGAGACAUAUAAUGAUUUGGCAGCUUUAAAAUCAUCAGGUGAAGAAAAGAAAAAGAAAUUACAUCAGGAGAAAACAGUAUUAUCAACUCGCAGAAAUGCCUUUAAAAAAAUAAUGGAGAAACUAGACACAGAAUGUGAGACACUAAAAACACAACUGCAAGAAAACGAGACACAUUCUCAGCUUACAAAUUUGGAGAGGAAGUGGCAACACCAUGAGCAAAAUAAUUUUGUGAUGAAAGAAUUCAUAGCAACCAAGAGUCAAGAGAGUGAUUACCGGCCGAUUAUGAAGAAUGUGUCCAAGCAGAUUGCAGAAUAUAAUAAAAGCAUCGUGGAUGCUCUGCAUAGCAUGAGCAGAAACUGAGUCUGAAGCGACUGCAAGUCUCUAUAGAAAUGUUCUCUUGCUGCUAAACUUUGUAC